CUCGUGUUAAAUUGUGAAUUCUAUAAGGGACUAUAAAAAAUGACUGCAAGCCUGACGGCUGAUGAAAAAGGACCCAGGCUCCCCAAGGAGUGAGCCCGACAGGUUCUUUUCACUGGGGCCCGUCAAAUCUAAGUAAUCCCACCGCGUUAGUUUAAAAUUAAUCCAUAUAACUCCAGUGGUUAAAUCAAUGUCUUCAGAGGCGAUUUGAUAGUUGUGGGUGAGAAACAGAUCAAUAUUUUAGUAAAUUCUUACUAUAAAUUCUCCUCCCUUACUAUAAAGUCUCCACUUUAACUUUCUGUUUCACAUUCUUCUUCCUUUGAUUUUGGUGAUUCACAUUCUUCAUGCAUAUGCUCUCUACUGGGCAGGGAGAAACAUUUCUAGCAAAAAUUGGCUUCAAUUUUGAUCUGUUUCUCAUCCACACCUACUAUUUCACUUCUGAAGAUAUGGAUUUAACUACCAGAGUUUUAUGGAUUAGUUUUAUGCUGUCUUUUAUGUGUUUUUUGAGCUUCAAAAUGUUGGCACCAAUUCACUUUGUAUGGACCUACAGAGCUUUGAUACUUUUCUAAAAAUCUUCAUUUUCAUUUUUGGAUUAACUAUUCCUCUAAGUGCUGUUUCCAUCCAUGCAAUGGAACGGCAGCUAAGGUAAUUAAUAAAUGAUGGACUUAAAUAUAAAUUUGAUUUAUAUUGGUUAUAAUUUGUGUCUGAAUUAUAUUGGUAGAAGUCAUGAUCAGCUGAGCAUCAGCUGGUUGCAGCUUGACUAAUGUGACCUGCCUGAACUGAUGCUUUGCUUGAUUUUAAUGGAAUUUAAUUGGAAUUUUUGUGAAACUGAAAUGCACAAAUCUUGAAAAUAGAUUACAAUAUUUUUUGAGUGCAGAACAAAUGAUCAGUACAGGCUGGAAGAUGGAUAUUUCUGCAGUGUUUUUGAAUGAGUGAGAGGCCAGUCCAUUAACAUUAAUUUAAAUUACAUCAUUAAUGUACAUUUUGUAUCACAUUUAACUGUGUUAAUUUUGAACAAUAAAUGGGCCUACAUUUAUGUGUUAAUUGUCUUAUUUUAUAUUGAGGCUUUAAGAGUGUAAGAAGAAAUGUCUGAACCAACACCACCAAGGAAAAGAAAUGGUAGAAGAGAAAGCAUCGAUUUACCUCCAUCUAUGGCUCUUUUGUUUAACCAGCUCCAGUGUCCAGUCUGCCUGGAUAUGCUCAGUAGUCCAGUCACAACUCCAUGUGGACACAACUUCUGCAAGGCCUGCCUGAAACAAUGCUGGGACAACAGUGAGGAAUGCAAAUGUCCAUAUUGUAAAGAACAUUUCAGCCAGAAACCUGAUCUCAAGAUCAACACAGUAUUCAAAGAGACUGUGCAACUUUUGGAGGAAAACUCAACAGCCCUGUCAUCUGCUAGCAGCCCACUGUCUGAAGAGCUCCAGUGUGCUAUCUGUCUGGAUGUGUUUAAUGAUCCUGUCAGCACUCCGUGUGGCUUCUGCAAGACCUGUCUGGAAAAGUCAGACAGGUCUGUCUGGGACAUCUUUGAGAACUGCAACUGCCCAAUUUGUAAACAAACAUUCAGCAAAAGGCCUGAUCUAAAGAGCAACACAGCUCUUAGGACAAUUGGGCAAAUCUUUGAAAAAAUCACAGGAUAUAAGAGGGAAACCAUAAUGACAGAAUAUUCACCACCAUUUGAAUCAAAGGCCCAAGAAGAAACUCUGGAUAAACCUUCAUUCAUGGGUUCUUCUAGCAGUGUUUUGUCUGAAAACCGUCAGUGCUCGAUCUGUCUGGAGGUGUCCACUGAUCCAGUCACCACUCCAUGUGGACACAACUUCUGUAAGACCUGCCUGGAGGAAUGCUGGGAAAACUGUCAGGAUCACAGAUGUCCAUGCUGUAAAGAAAUUUUCGGAGUGUUUGUGCAACUACAGUCUCACUCUGAAAUCCUGAUGUCCUGCUCUCACAAGGAACCAAAACAGGUGCCUCAUCACAGAGUCUUGAAUAUAAAGAAAGUGAAAAUGAUUGACCUUGUGGAGGAUCUGGAGAAUUCUAUAUGUGAGAAACAUGAGAGUCUGCAGGAGCUGCUCUGUAGAGAUGAUCAGUUAAGUGUGUGUCUAUUCUGCACUGAGGAAGACCACAAGACCCACAACACUGUUCUUAUAGAGAAAGAGAGUAGAGACAUGAAGGCUCAGCUGACGAAGACACAGGAACGUGUGCUGCAGAUGAUCCAGGACACUAUGAAGAAAAUUCAAGAGAUCCAACACUCAGUUAAAAUGAGAAAAAUGCCAUUUCCUGAGCGCCUCUUGCAUCUACAGGAUGUAAUUUGUCCAGCUGUGAUGGAAAGCAAAAAUGCUUCUCCAGUACUGAAGGGAUGAAAGGACUGCCUUACCAGUUAUUUCAACAACACACUGCUUAACCUGUCACAUUUAACUAACUAAUAAUCACAUAAAAUAUUUAGUGUAUAACCACAUUUAGUGUAGUGCAGCUCCACUGAUCAUUAAAAAUGCAAAUCUCCUUUUUAAAAGGACUUAGGGCAGGGAGAUUAGGAGUCAGGCCUGUCUUUUAGGACUCUUUAGGUUUUCUUGUUGUAUCAUUUACAGAAUCAUAGUUUAGUUCAUAGUUUGUGGCAGGUUGAUGUGGUCUCUGCGGACCACAUCAACCUUAAAUUACACCAGCAGGUAGAGAUUGUCCCGUAAGAAGCAAUUACAAGUUAAUAGUUUAAACCUUAAACAAUUGCAGGUUACCAGUUUUUACCAAGGAUUAAACAUAUGGGACCCUAAAGAUGAGAUGACCGAGAAAGUAAUUUGUUGUGAUACCAGUUCAGACAAAGAUUGAUUGCAUUUGUUUGGUUUUGUUAAUCUGAAUCUCAUCAUGUAACCCUGACUCUUUUGUUCGUGAUACAGGUCACAGUAUAUGGAAAUUAUAGCAGCAUGUUUGUGUAGUAUAUAAUUUUGUGCAUAUAUUUUCUUUGU